AUGGCAAUUUCUCCAGGAUGGUGGGCAAUUACGCUCGCCAAUGUUCUGGUUCUGGUGGGGAUUCUCACCUUCUCGACUGGGUUUUUCCCCUACAAACCCCUUCUUCCAGGGCUAGCCACUUUCCAGGAGACCGAUUCAGAUGUGACUCCAGUCUUUGAUAAAGUCAUUUUCAUGGUGGUAGAUGCGCUGCGCAGUUUGAUUCGAGCGGGCGCUGUGCUACCAUUCACAGCCCAUGCUAGCUCUCCGACAGUAACCAUGCCCCGGCUGAAGGCGAUGACUACAGGUUCUGUGCCCUCUUUUUUAGAUGUGAUUCUGAAUAUUGCCGAGUCAGAUACUUCAUCAACUCUUGCAUACCAGGAUACAUGGCUCGCUCAGCUGAAGGCUCGGGGAGAUCGCUUGGUCAUGUAUGGAGAUGAUACAUGGCUUAAACUGUUCCCGGGGACAUUUGACCGAGCCGAUGGGACAACCAGCUUCUUCGUAUCCGAUUUCGUCGAAGUCGAUCAAAACGUGACACGACAUGUCCCCACAGAGCUGGCAGAAAAUGAUUGGUCUGCUCUCAUCAUGCACUACUUGGGUCUUGAUCAUAUAGGGCACAAGGCUGGACCUAGAAGUCCUUUCAUGCUGUCCAAACACCAAGAGAUGGAUGCUGUCGUGAAAGAUGUUUACACGGCAAUGCAACAAGAGCCACACCUUCAAUCAACACUUUUUGUCUUAUGCGGGGAUCAUGGUAUGAACGAUGCUGGAAACCAUGGUGGCUCGUCUGCUGGCGAAACUUCCCCGGCGUUAUUAUUUCUCUCGCCCAAAUUCGAAGCCUUGGGGCAUAAAUUGGAAAGCCCCACUGAGCCAUUUGAGGAAUUUCAGUACUAUCGGACGGUUGAGCAGGCAGAUAUAACCCCAACCCUUGCUGGACUACUUGGCUUGCCCAUUCCAUUAAAUAGUUUGGGGGUAUUUAUUCCCGAGUUUCUCAAUGUGUGGGAUUCUGGAUCACAGAAAAUGAGUAUAUUAUACCGUAAUGCUCGCCAACUACUGAACGUCAUUCAAGCUACAUUCUCUACCACCUCGUUUGACGAACAGGAUAGUUCCAGUUGUAAAUCGACUGGCGAUUCUGGUAUCGAAGGCGCCCAGUGCGCAUGGUUUCAAAUCCAUCAACUGUCGGGUGGAAACGCACCAGAUGAUUUAUUUCCAACAGUUGGACCUGUCCUGCAGCGGUUCUCUCGGAUCGCUCAAGACGUAAUGAGCAGUACUGCGAGCAAUUAUAAUGUUUUCAGGCUUGCGCUAGGCCUCUUCACCACUACACUCGCAGUAUUGCUCGUUUUACCCACGGUUUAUCAAGACUGUGCGCGGUCCAAAUACACGGGAGGAUUCCUAACGUUUCUAGUGGUGAGCUACGGAAGUAUGAUGUUUGCAAGUAGUUACGUGGAAGAGGAGCAACAAUUCUGGUAUUGGAUCUGCUCCGGGUGGCUGUUUUAUCUGCACGCGAAGUCCACAUCUUUGAGCCUAUUUGUCCCCCGCCCAAAGGUUGGAUACUGGAGUAUCCGUUGGUCUACGAUGAGCACGCUUGGCCUGAUUGCGUGUCACCGAGUACUGCGUCGGUGGAACCAGACUGGCCAAAAGUUCACGGCCGAGCCUGACAUCGCGCGCAGCUUCCUUCCAAUUCAUCCUCCGGUUUUUUGGAUUCUAGUAGCCCUCACAUACAUGGAUGCUAGCCGGGGGUUUCUUCAAAGCAUGCCAUCUGCAGGAAUUUCCCGAUUAGGCGCGCUCAUAGUACCAACGAUGGCUUUCAUGUUCAAAUUGAAUUUUGUCGCAAACGACUCUCCCGAACUAUUAACAGGAUCCUUCCUUUCAUGGGUUGUGGGAGAAUGGCCGGCCUCCAACACUCUAUUCCACGAGGCACUCAAUCUGUUUCUGAUGACCCAAUCCAGAGCCACUAACAUCCCAAUUUUCCUUGUAUUCCGAAUUCAAUCCGCAAUUCUGACCCGAAUGAAAUUGAAUGGGAUUGAGGUGACAAUUACAACCUUGAUCAUGCAGUACAUGACGUUUUUUGCCUUUGGCGGCUCCAACUCAAUUUCCUCCGUUGACCUGUCAAAUGCCUACAACGGUGUCGGCAGCUAUAGUGUGAUCAUGGUAGGAAUUUUGACAUUUGUGAGCAACUGGGCAGGCCCCAUCUGGUGGGUUUCGGCGGGCCAUUUACUGCGGCCACGUCGGGAUAUGGGAUGUCACAGUCGCGCCGCGCUGCUGACUUUCCACAUUGCCGCAUCUCUGGCAUCUGUUAUGGCUGCUUGCACAGUCUUGCGAUCCCAUCUAUUCAUUUGGACGGUGUUCUCGCCCAAAUACCUGUAUUCAAUGGCAUGGGCAACAGCGAACCACAUUGCCAUAAAUCUGUUCGGCGGCAUCAGCCUAGCCGCCCUUUGGAAAGGACAAUAG